AUGACGAACUGCAAUCCAAUGCCUACACCUCUACCUCAAACCUUGGAGAAACUCGAUGUAACACCAUUCUCUGAGCCUACAUACCUUCGGAGUCUCGCAGGCAAGCUCCAAUACCUGACAAUAACAAGACCUGAUCUUCAGUUUACAGUGAACUUCAUCUGCCAACGGAUGCACGCUCCAACCAAUUCCGAAUUCACUCUACUCAAAAGGAUUCUCAGGUAUGUCAAAGGCACCCUGAAUCUUGGGAUGCCAAUAAGAAAGCACAACAAUCCGACUCUCUCUGCAUUUUGCUAUAGUGACUAUGCUGGUUGUAAAGACACACGAAGAUCGACCUCAGGAUUCUGUAUCUUGCUCGGAUCAACCCUCGUGUCCUGGUCUGCCAAAAGACAGAAAACACUCUCCAACUCCUCUACAGAGUCAGAGUAUCGUGCUUUAUCCGUCGUUGCUCGAGAACUCACAUGGAUAUCUUCUCUACUGCGAGACAUUGGAAUUCCUCAAUAUCAACCUACUCGAGUCUUCUGUGACAACCUGUCUGCAGUGUACCUGUCCGCUAAUCCUGCUCUGCAUAAUUGGACUAAACACUUUGACAAAGACUUUCACUACAUCAGAGAACGUGUUGGUCUCGGCUUGAUAGAAACACACCACAUUCCUGCACUGCUUCAGCUUGCUGACAUCUUCACGAAGCCAUUACCACGUCCAUCAUUCUUUGACCUUCGAGGCAAACUUGGCGUGUCUCCUCCUCCGGUCACUUCCCCACCAACCUUUGAGGGAGAGUGUAGAAGAUAA